UUUAUCCAUAUGGGUAGAAUGGGCUGCGAAGAGUCAUCCAGCAAUGGCUGCUCUCACUUGUUCCACUUGUUCUUCUUCCACAGCCACAGCCACAGCCACAGCCUCUGCUCUAUGCUGCCACAGGGCCCAGAGGAGAAUGUUGAGCAGAACCCUACAGCGACUGCCCAUCUCCUACAGCUAUCCCCUCACCCCCACUUCUCACUUUCUCCACCACCCUUUCUCACUACGGGUUACAAAUGAUUCUAACAGGAUUGAAGUGUCUCCGGAUCUUACAGUUGAAAGAUCUGAGGUUGACGAGCUUGUUGAUGGAAUGAGCUUUGGUGAGCUCUGCAAUGAUUUUGAGUGCAUUAGUAGCCCCUCUAUCGAAGCCACAGCAAGGCAAUUAGCAUGCGAUAUUCUGGAGCUACGAGAAGGCAAUCGUGCUCUGGGAACAUUCUCAAUCUCUGUCAAGUACAAGGAUCCCGUCAGAAGUUUUACUGGUCGAGAGAAAUACAAGAGACCCUUGUGGGUAACUGGUGCAUUAGAUAAGCCCUCUGUGACUGUACAAGAAAUGGUAAUGUUGUCAACGAGUGUGCUAAGUAUCAAGUGGACAAUCAAAGGGAAGCCCAAGUUUUUUCCUGCUAGUAUAUGUGGAGACUUGAUAGUCAGGGUGACUUCUCAGUUUACUCUAAACCAGAUAAGUGGUCAAGUGAUUGAGCAUGAGGAGUUCUGGGAUUUGUCUUCGUCAUCUGCCUUUGCUCAGGCAUUUUUCUGGAUGUCUCGUCGACUUUUUGCUGCAACUGAAGUUGGAAAAGAUACAGCUGAGGUUGUUAAGGAGUUGACAAAGCGUCUCUCGACAGAAAAAGAGAACUUAGAGAUAUAUCCAGAUCCUUCUGGUGAUCCAACAAAGGCUCCAAGUUCUGCCUCUUGAUAUAUUUAGCUCUCCUGGCCAUACGUUUGAGCAGAAAGGAGUCCAGAAAAAAAUGUAUAGAAAGGAUGGAUCAAUGUUAUAAAUUUCUCAUUUGCAUGAUUUUUGGAUCACAUCAUGUGAGGGAAAUGAUUUUCUGGAUGGGCUUCCGUAUUCUUUCACUGAAUAAAACUAACUCUAUAAGACAUGUAGAUUUACUGGAGUGGUCAAGUCAAACUGUGCAUCAAGGUUGUUGUGAAUUGCUACCACCCUCAAGAAUUGUCCAACCAAAUUGUUAGCUUUCUUGCGAAGAUAUGUCAAUGUUAAAGCUUUCCUCUUAAAACCAAUUGGCUUGAAGUGGGGUGGCCUCUAGUGGCUCUUAUACAAGAUAGUUGAGUUAAUUAUAGUCGAUGUGGGACUAUCUCAAUACUCCCCCUUACAUGUAAGCCUCUUAUGGCUCUGUUUUCGUGGGUCGAAUAAGGAGCCUAUCAUCGGGGGAGGCCCAACGUAUUUGUUCUAAUACCAUGGUAAAGUUUCCAUCUUAAAAUCAAUUGGCUUGAAGUGGGGUGGCUUGAAGUGUGGGAUUAUCUCAAUAGUCAAUAAUGAUCGUGAAGCAAUUGGUUGGGUCUCAUGUCUUGUAAUUAUUUAAACCUUUUGAAUUUACAAUGAAUCAUGCUUUUUUUUUU